AGAAUGCAUCUGAAAUUGGGCAAAAGUGAUAAGAAACUUGAGGCGGAUAAACAACAGCCACUGAAAUAUGCAGCGGACAUCGAAGACGCACUAGACGCCACAGGUUUUGGCAAAUACAACUUCGGUCUGCUGCUGGUAUGCAGUUGGACCCUGCAGGCCAUGGGGAUGGAUCUGUUCGGCACCAGCUUCGUGGUCGCCGCAGCGGUGUGCGACCUUAAUCUGAGCAUGCAGCAGCGGGCGUUGUUGACUGCGACGCCGCUCAUUGGAGUAGUUCUUGGCGCCCAGCUGUGGGGCUAUGUGUCAGACACGAAAGGACGGCGUUUGACCCUGAUGCUGUCCAUGUCAGUGGGGUUUGUGUUCGCUGCACUCAGCAGUUUCGCUCCCAACUGGGAAAUCAUGGCUCUCCUCAAGCUGGCAUCCUCUACCUUCACGUCAGCCAGCAACUCAGGCGCAUACACACUUCUUGGAGAGAGCUGCUCGCGGCGCGCGCGCGGACGCUCCAUGCUGCUCUGCACGUGCGCGCUGAUGUGCUCGCAGGCUACCGUUGCUGUGUUCGCAUAUCCCAUUCUUCCUCUCAACUUCGCCUACCCAAUCAACUUCCUGGGCAUCAUCUACCGGCCGUGGCGGCUCCUCGCCCUCGUCAUGGCCACUCCUUGCUUAGCGACGGCUUGCCUGCUGCAACUCUUCCACGAGAGCCCCAAGUUCCUCCUCUCCAGGGGACAGCAUGAAGAAGCUUUGGAGGUGCUGAAGAAGAUAUACGCGUGCAAUACUGGAAAGAGCCCUGAAAAUUUUCCAGUGAGGAAGCUAAUCGACGAUUCAGAGGAAACUGCCUGCGAGGAGUCAAUCUUGAAGGCGAUGUGGCAGCAGACCACGGCGCUGUUCAGGCCGCCACUGCUGAAGGUCACCCUCAAGCUGUUCUACCUCGUCACUAUCGUUUACAUGACUGGUAGCGGCUUCAUCCUGUGGCUGCCGUACAUCAUGAACAACCUAUUCUCCGUCCUGGAGUCCGGCGGUGGGAGCGGCAUGAACCUGUGCACUGUCCUCCGCCACUCUGCCGACAGCACUAUUGUUGUUGGAAAUGGCACUGUGAUCCAAGAAGUAUGCAACGACACAAUCCAAGAAACAACUCUCUUAUCCGCCAUGUCAUACGGCGCUUUGGCCAGUUCCGCGAACCUGGUGCUCUCCCUCACAUGUGGCUCAAGGAAGAGACUGGCGAUGCUGUUCAUCAUCAUACUGUCCGCGAUGGCUGCUGUACUCCUCAACGUGGUAGCUGUUCCUAUCGCUGGAGGGAUAUUCUUCUUCAUCUUCCUGCUCUGUGCGCUCUCUAUGGGGAUACUGAGUGUUUACUUUGUGGAGCUGUAUCCUACUUCGUUGAGAGGCAUGGCGUCGUGUCUGUCUGUGAUGCUAGGAAGAUCCAGCGCAUUCCUGGGCGUUAAUGCGAUCGGAGCUCUCAUUUCGGCCAACUGUGAGGCCACGUUCUACGCCUGGUCGGUGCUGUUAUUGAGUGCAGCGGUUUUUGCGUGGUACCUUCCGAAAGACAAAAAGCCGAAUCAGUGAGCUGAGAUCUACAAACUGGAUUCUGAGAAAAGAACAAACAUAAUAUUGAAGAAAAGUUUGAACUUUGAAGUGAUAUUAAAAUUCUUCAAAUGCUGUGUCAG